ACGACUUGUUUCAGGGGGUUUAUUUUCCGGGGAACUUCAGAGUCGAUCAUGGCGACUCACGGCGGCAGUCGUGGGGAUCGUCUCGGCAAUUCAAAUCACCAAAAGUCCUCAAUUGCGUCUCCGGAGAAAAUUCGCGAACUGCUCAAUGACGGAGUGUCGUCAGCAGAUAUCGGAGCCAACAGUGGAAAAGGAGAUUUGAAAGUUCUGGAAGUAAAAAGCAACACUCAAGCACCUUGUGAGGCAACGAACAAAGAAGCCUUUUUCUCAAGAGUGGAGUCCUAUUCUUGUUUGAAAUGGGCAGGCAAGCCCCGCACGCUGUCCCCCCUGAUGUGUGCCAGGUACGGCUGGAUCAACGUUGGCUGUGACAUGCUCAAGUGCUCCACCUGCCAGGCGUUCCUUUGUGCAUCGCUGCAACCAACUAUAGACUAUGAAAAAUAUGAAUCCCGCAUUGCAGAGAUAUCGAGGCAGCUUCAGACACAGCAUGAGAAGUUUUGUCCCUGGCCUGACUUUCCAUGCCCAGAGCGGUUCUGGCUGGUUCCAGCAUGUGAACCAUCAGCACUUCUCAGUGCCUUCUUGGAGCGCUUCCAGAGCGCCUGUCUCCUUGCACAGCAGCUGCCAGCCAUGAAGCCAGAGCAGCUGAAGUCUAUGGCACUCACUGAGGAUGUUGUCAGUGUUAUACUGCAGCUGAUCGAGGAAGAACAAAAAAGAAAGGGACGGACUCCAUGUUCUGAACCUUUGGCUGUCCAGGUGGCUGCAUGCAUUGUUUCUCUCUGUGGCUGGGCUGCCAGCCCAGCUCUGCACGCCAUGAACCUGCCCAUCCUCACCUGCUCAUACUGCAUGCGCAAGGUGGGCUUGUGGAACUUCUACCAGAUGGAGGGAACGGGAGGUGAUAGCGAACCAAAUAUUGUAGGCCAAUCUGCUCAAGCAACAGGUCCUGCCUCAGCAGCCACGCAUGAGGGUCAGGGUGAUCAGCCUGCUUCUGCCUCACCCACCCCUACAACUCCAUGUCGCAUGAAGCUGAGGAGCCAGGACUCCACCCGCGCUGACCAGGGUGAAGGAACCUCAUCCCCUGUGGCUUUGCGUGCCCGAAGCAGAGACUCACCCAGCCCCAGUGAAGAGCUGCCAAGCCCUCUGACGAGAGGCAAAAGGACCGCAACGCGCGGUAGAGGACAAGGGGACAGCUCUGGAACUGAAGGUGCUGUCAGCCAGCAACACCCUCCUAAACGCCUGUGCCUCUCAUCACUUGGUGGUCCAGAUGAGCUUCUGCACAAGAAUGCAUUUGACCCCCUUGCCCAACACAGAGACUGGUGUCCCUGGAUCUCUGUGGGAAAAGAGAAUGUGGAUCCAGGGGCUAUACCCUUUAUGGAUAGAGACAUGACGCUUUAUCAGCAGGGCUGGAAGGCUGCUCUCGACCUCCUCGUGCCCAUGAAGAAGAACUCUAAUACAGCAGGAAGCAGUCCAGGACAGGGCCCUCAUGACAAGUCCAAAAGGGUGUUUGAUAUAUUCCGUCAGUGGCAGGUAUCCUCUCCUUCUCAGUAGACUGUUUCCAUCCAAACAGCAUCACAACACUGAAUCGAUGAACUGACCUGCACUGUUUUUGUGGUACAGAGUCCGCAGUACUGAUGACAGGAUUGUCAUGUCAUAUCGAUGUAUGCCAUCCCGUAAAGUCGUGUUUACAUUCAAAGUGUUUCUCGAAAGAAGUUGAUUGUGUCUUUAGGCAAAUACGAGUGUAUUCUCUGUGAAAAAUGACAUAUGUGAAGAAUGUCUGUGUGGCGCCAAAUGUCAUGAAAAUUGGGAUGUGCAACCAUUGGAGGGGCCUUUAUAGGCCUUGUAUCAUGUUUUUACAGAACAAGUGAUAAAGAAAUAGAACACAUCUCAGUAUAUCAAUUGGCCACAGGUAAGGCACCUACUUUUAACCUCACAUGAAGUCUCCUUCGGCAGUAUUUCAUGACAUUGCGAUGUUCCAUAUUUCUGUGGAAUAAUGAGAAAAGCAGUCCCUGAUGGUGAGAAAGGGCCAAAUGGCUUAACACUGGAAAGGCAAUGUUUACCUUCAUGUAUGUUGAGUCAUUUGAGGGAGUGGUAAACAUUAACCUCAGAUAAGCAAAAACAAAACUGUGAGGAAGUCAUUUUUGUGUGUGUACUGCUUUGGAUAUGAGUUCUCUUUGAAAAGAACAAUCCUUUUGGUAGUGUUUAAAUGUUUGUUUUCAUUUAGUUGAUGCUAAAAUUCUGCUUACUGCAGGCAGGUAGAACCAUGUGCCAUGAACUUCCAACCUAUUUUGAAUUAGAUUCAGGUUGCCUGUACUUUCUAUUUGCCUUCCUACCACAUUUCAUUGAUAAUUCAGUCAUCUUUAUUCUGCAUGUGCUAUUAUCUCCAUGGAAUUUCCUAAAAAGUGUUUAAUAAAAUGCUCUUCUGAAA